AUGAAUAAUGUCUCAACAAUUUCAGUGUUUUUUCUUUCAGGUCUGAAUGAAACGAGUCGGAAUCACAGAUCAGUUCUCUUCUUUUUCAGUUUGAUGUGUUACUGCAUUACUGUCCUUGUAAAUGUUUGUCUUAUUCUGAUCAUCAUCUUGAAUAAUGAACUUCAUGAACCAAUGUAUAUUCUGCUCUGUGCUUUUUGCAUGAAUGCACUGUAUGGAACAGCAGGUUUCUAUCCUAAAUUUCUGUCAGAUCUGCUCUCUCCUGUUCAUGUCAUCUCUUAUUCAGGCUGCCUUCUGCAGGCUCAUGUGUUGUACUCCUUCGCCUGCAGUGAUCUGUCCAUCCUUGCCCUCAUGGCGUAUGACCGGUAUCUGGCUAUAUGUCGACCACUGGAGUACCACUCUGUCAUGUCGGUGCAAAAAGUCAUGAAGCUGGCGUCCUUCUUUUGGUUAACAUCAGUUUUCAUUGUUGCAGUCAAUAUUUUUCUGACAUAUAAGCUAAAGUUAUGCAGUCCAUAUAUUAACAGACUUUUCUGUGUAAAUUGGAGCAUUGUGUCACUGGCGUGUUUCUCUAAUGAAACCUCUAUUAAUGAAAUUGUUGCAAAUAUUACAAUACUAAUUUAUAUUCUUCAUGGUUUCUUCAUUGUUUGGUCAUACAUGUAUAUUAUUAAAAGAUGUGCCAGUUCUAUAGAAAACCGGGCAAAGUUCCUGCAAACAUGUGUGCCACAUUUAAUUUCCUUGUCCACCUUUAUUCUGACUAUUUUGAUUGACAUUAUUAAUAAUCGACUUAGUUCUGCAAAUUUAGCCAAGACUCUGCAAAAUUUUAUUGCGAUGGAAUUUCUUGUCAUUCCUCCCUUGAUGAAUCCACUCAUUUAUGGUUUCAAACUGACCAAAGUUAGAAACAGAAUUAUUACUUUUGUUACUCUCAGAUAUAAAUAA